UAAGCAAAACAUAUUUUCAUGUUUAUUAGACCUUUUUCCAGACCUAAUUAGUCUCCGUCUAUUAUUUUCUCAGUGCGGUGUUUUUGAUUCUCCACCAGUCCGCUAUCGUGGGCCGAAGUGAUCGGUCGCCUUCGCGCGCUAUUUUAAGCGGGAAACUCGAAUUGCGUAUUUGAAAAUUCGAACGUAAAAAAAACUAUUGUUUUUUUUUUAAGUGAUACAUGUUGUGCAGUGGUUCUAUUUGUGCUUUUUUAAAUUUUAUGGUACUUGCUAUUAUACAUCUAAAAUGAAAACUCAAGAAAAUAGCUGAAAAGAACAAACAUGCAUUUUAAUAGAAAUCGAUUUUUACUUCUUAGCGUAAUUAUAUUUGAAGUAGUAAAUACAGUUAACGCUGAUAAAUACGAUGAAGAAACAAAAAUAGAUCUACAAUUUAAUAAUACAAGACGCAAAAGAUCAGUUGGUCAAGAAAAUGAAAAUACAACAGAAGUUAACGAAGAACUGAAUAGUACAGAAGAAUGUAUAGGAAUUAAAGAAUACUGCAAUCUAUCAAGAGAGGAAUACGUCUCAAUGUUAAACAAUUACAUUUACCCGCAGACGUACGAAUGGGUUCUAAUAGCUACGCACACAAUGGUCUUUGUCACAGGAUUGGUGGGAAAUGCUUUUGUGUGUCUAGCCGUGUAUAGGAAUCAUUCGAUGAGAACAGUGACCAACUAUUUUAUCGUAAAUCUGGCAGUUGCUGAUUUCAUGGUGAUUCUUUUUUGUUUGCCUGCGACCGUUCUAUGGGAUGUGACCGAAACUUGGUUCCUGGGGGACGCGCUCUGCAAAAUACUACUUUAUUUUCAGUCAGUAUCGGUGACGGUGUCAGUUCUCACGCUGACCUUCAUCUCGGUCGACCGCUGGUACGCCAUCUGCUUUCCGCUCAAGUUCAAGUCGACGACGAACCGCGCCAAGACCGCUAUGCUUAUUAUAUGGGCGGUCUCUUUGAUAUUCAAUUCACCAGAGCUGAUUGUUUUGACGACGGAGAAGUCUGUGCCACUCCGCUUCGAACUUGAGUAUUUGGUGCAAUGCGUUGCGACGUGGUCCCCAAAUAGCGACCUUGUGUGGCACAUCAUAAAAGUUGUAUUCAUCUACACACUCCCACUUCUGCUGAUGACUGUGGCUUAUCACCAGAUAGUGAAGGUGUUGUGGCGCUCUGAGAAAAUCCCAGGCUUAGCAGAGACCAUCAAAUUAGCGCCAGCGGAACAAACUCAGCUGCGUUCUCGACGGAAAGCAGCUAAGAUGUUAGUGGCUGUCGUGAUCAUGUUUGCUGUGUGCUAUUUCCCGGUGCACCUGCUGUCCGUACUAAGGUACACUUUGGACAUGGAACAGAACGACGUGAUCACCUGUCUCGCUCUGAUAUCACACGUGCUGUGCUACGCGAAUUCUGCGAUUAAUCCAUUAAUCUACAAUUUUAUGAGCGGGAAAUUCCGCCGUGAAUUUCGACGAGCCUUCUGUUGCACAACAUCUCGUGACCUUGAAAACUUCACAACUCUGAGUCGUAUUACUACUUCAAAGAAGAAAUCAAGUGAACCGAUGAGCUUCGAGAAAAAGCCACAAGGUCGUAACGUAUGCACAACCUCCUUCAUAAGAAAUAGUUACAAGGAAUAGUGUGUCGACUUGGCUCCAUCAAGAUUUUGAAAGACUUUCUCUCUGCGUUUUUUCGAGACUUAAAUGUGAUCGGGUAUUAACGUGUCGUGAUAAACAACUUCUUUAUAAGUGUGAUUUUUAAA